CUCAUCCCCCUGGCCGCAGUGUCAAGUGAGUGGCAGACACAGGGAAGUCACGCUGGCCGCUGUCUAUCUGCGUACUGGUGCCUGGCCCAUCACUCUGCAGUCUCCACACUGGUGAAGGAAGGCACAGCAGGCAGUGCACUCACCCUGGAGUAGCCACAAGCACCAAGACUUAGAAGAUGGUGGUUCGGCAGUACAACGAUGAGCUGCGGUACCUGGAGCGGCUGUCUCCCAGCUGCUGGCGGAUCAAGAAAGGCUUUCAACCUAACAUGAAUGUGGAAGGCAUUUUCUAUGUCAAUGAUCACUUGGAAAAGCUGAUGUUUGAGGAACUGAGGAACUCCUGCCGGCCAGGGUCUGUUGGGGGGUUUCUGCCGGGCAUGAAACAAAUAGCUAAUGUUGCAGCACUUCCAGGCAUUGUGGGCAAAUCUGUUGGUUUGCCUGAUGUGCAUUCUGGUUAUGGAUUUGCAAUUGGUAAUAUGGCAGCCUUUGAUAUGGAUAAUCCCCAAGCUGUUGUUUCUCCGGGGGGUGUGGGAUUUGAUAUUAACUGUGGGGUGCGUUUACUGAGAACCAACCUUACUGAGGCUGAUGUGGUUCCCAUUAAGGAGCGUUUGGCUCAGUCUAUGUUUGAUCAUAUUCCUGUUGGUGUUGGUUCCAAAGGCAUCAUUCCCAUGACUGCACGGGACUUAGAGGAGGCCUUAGAGAUGGGUAUGGACUGGUCACUAAGGGAAGGAUACAUCUGGGCUGAAGAUAAGGAGCACUGUGAAGAGUAUGGACGCAUGGCCCAGGCUGACCCAGCCAAGGUGUCCAUGAGAGCCAAAAAGAGAGGUCUCCCUCAGUUGGGAACGCUUGGAGCAGGAAACCAUUAUGCAGAGAUCCAAGUGGUGGAUGAAAUUUAUGAUAAAUGGGCUGCCAGCAAGAUGGGCAUAGAAGAAAAAGGACAAGUGUGUGUGAUGAUUCACUCAGGCUCUCGUGGAUUUGGUCACCAAGUUGCUACAGAUGCCCUUGUUGCAAUGGAGAAGGCCAUGAAGAGAGAUGAAAUUGAGACUAAUGACCGGCAGCUUGCCUGUGCCAGGAUAAAGUCUGAAGAAGGUCAGAAUUAUCUGAAGUCCAUGGCUGCUGCUGCUAAUUUUGCAUGGGUUAAUCGUUCUUCCAUGACCUUCCUUAGUAGACAGGCUUUUGCCAAGCAAUUUCAAAUGAGUCCUGAUGACUUGGACAUGCAUGUGAUUUAUGACGUCUCACACAACAUUGCCAAAAUUGAGCAACAUUGGAUUGAAGGAAAACUCCGUACUUUGUUAGUUCAUCGAAAGGGUUCAACUAGAGCCUUCCCCCCACAUCAUCCACUCAUACCUGUUGAUUAUCAGUUGACUGGACAGCCUGUUCUCAUUGGUGGCACUAUGGGUACCUGUUCCUAUGUGUUGACUGGAACUGAGCAAGGCAUGACAGAGACCUUUGGUUCUACUUGCCACGGAGCAGGUCGAGCACUGUCACGUGCUAAAUCCCGCCGUAAUUUAGAUUAUGCGGAUGUUCUGGUGAAACUACAAGAGCAAGGAAUAAGUAUUAGAGUGGCCUCCCCAAAGCUGGUAAUGGAAGAGGCUCCAGAAUCGUAUAAAAAUGUUACUGAUGUAGUUGAUACAUGUCAUGCUGCUGGUAUUAGCAAGAAGUGCAUUAAGUUACGACCUAUAGCUGUCAUUAAGGGAUAACAGCGUAUUCUUGUAUUUAGUCUCAAUGAAAUAUUGCUAAUAAUCUUGUAUAAUAAUCAUUAGGCAACUUUCCAUGACUGAAUGCAAUAUAUCCCAAGUUCCAUUUUAACUGCAACAUCAAUUUCUUAGCUAUUGUAUAAAUGUUGUAGAACUAAAUUGAAGUGUAUAACAUUUCUUCUACCAUACACAUGUUGAGAACAAUCCUGUGAACCAUAACUGAAAUGCUUUGGUAAGGAGAAAGAGGAGUGAAGCAUGGCAGGUGGUAAUGCAAAGACAGGAAUAAAAGAAGGCUCAUUAUGUCCAUCCCCUGAGAAGACAAAUAAAAAAUUUACAAAAUUACUGUUUCCAUAAAGAAAAUAAAAAUAUUCCAGUUUGUUUUACUACACAAACAAAUAAGAAAAUAAAAAUAUUCCAGUUUGUUUUCUCUUACUACACAAACAAAUAUUCAUUCUUAAUUUUUUUUGCCAAUGAGUAGAAUAAAUCAACAUUAAUGGGUGGUGGCAAAGCAAUCGAUCCUACAAAAAUAAAAUUAACAGAAGUAUCUACAAGUUUUCAGAAACACUUGUCUAGUUUAGAUGGAAUGAAAUGAAAUGCUGGACUAAUCGUUGCUUGACAAGAACAUUGGCGACCUGAAAGUAAAGGAAAAUUAUUAACAUAAAAUAGCUUGUUUCCCCUCCCUCCUCAACUAAUAUCUUGGCCACAAAAGUACUAGAUCAGCAUCAACAUAAAUAACCACAAACCUAUUGAGCAUGACAUAACUGAUCUGUUCAACAUAUAUCUUGCUAAACAUUUUAUAUUGGUGUUCACUCUACUUUAUUUCCCAGAUAUUGUGAGGGCUAUAGAGAACACAAAUUUAAUCAAAUUCCUACAGAUACUGCAUUAUGGAAGAAAAACCCAAAAUUUCACAUGAUCAGUAUCAUGUUACAAAAACUAAGCAUACAACUUGUAUAUAAAACUUUUGCAUUUGUAAAAUUCAGAACAAAACUUGGUAUGGGUUCAAGAGUAUAUCUUAGUUGUCAUAUGCAUACACUAAUGCCAGCAAUCAACAAAAAUUUUUAUUAAUUUCCAAACUUUUUUUUUUUAAGAUGUUAAAACUUACAUGGACAGCUAAACUCAGAAUUACUCAAAGAAUAACCAGAUUUCUAUAAAGGCAAGAUGUGAUGUGAUUAAACAUAUUUUGCACAUGCAUACUGUGAUGCCAAUAAACAAAUUUUUUUUUUA